GGAUGUUGCCAUAUUCCUGACAUGGAGGGUGAUGUUUGAUGUGAUGUGGUUUUGGUCUCCUAGUGGUGGACUCAUUGCCACCAUACAAUCUAUAUCUGUCUGUAUCUGGCCAAACAGUCGAUCGAAAGUGAAGGUCAUCAGACUGUUCACAUCACCAUACCGGAAAACAGUUAAGUUGAUGAUCUUCAAUGCUACGAAGGAGGAUUCUGGACGUUAUUACUUGAGGGAUGUCAAACGAAGAUCAUUUUAUGGUGGCCACAACCUUGUUAUUGCUGAUCGUAAGAGUACACAGGUCUCAACUAGUAUUGUACCUUCCACCAUUGGUCAAACAAAACCUCAAACGGCGGCUCCAGCCUCCAUAACGUCAGCAAGUACUCAGGUAGAUGUCACAUCUAACACAGUGACUGUCACCAGCACACAAACCUAAGCUGCGACAACUACCGGGGUACCUCUUUC